AUGGCGUCCGUGUCUGCCUCCCUCAUCUCUCGGCCGUCGCCCACGCUCCUCUUCCAAGGGAGGAGCCGGCUCCGCCCCUCGCCCCGGGCCCGGCCCACUCCGGCCCAGGCCUUCAUCCUGUUCGACCUGGUGGCCAGCUCUGCGGCCGCGGCGGCGGUCACCGCGGUGUCCUGGGCCACCUCCGAGGACCGCGACGCGGAGCUGGCGCGGCUGCAGACCCCCGCCGGCGUGGUGCCGGUGGCGGCCGCCGUGGCCGCCGACACCGUGGUCCAUGCCACGCCCCUGCUCGGCUCCCUGAUCAACCUGGCGGUGGAGCCGCUGGGCGCGGCGGCGGGCGUGGCCUACCUCAUGUCCAUCGUGCUCUCCUCCCCCGCCGUGGACCCCAAGACGCUGGCACCCCGUGGCACCGUCCUGGCAGCGGAGAAGGCGGGGGACGCGCGUGGGUCGCUGCGCGUGCCCUUCACCCGCGUCAUCCCCACCGCCCUGGCGGUGGUGGACACCAGCAACGCCGGCAGCAGCGGCGCGGGGUGGCAGGCGGGGGCGGGCGAGCUGCCGCGGCUCCCCCUCAACUCCGUGCUGGUGGUGGUUGGCGUGGGGGCGGUCAUCCUGGAGACUCUGGCGCACCUGCCCCUCCUCUCCGCCGGCCUCCCACGCGUCCUGCAGACCGCUGCCUGGGUGGCGGCAGCGGGAGCGGUGCUCGACAAGCGCGACGACUGA